AUGGAAGAGAACCUGAAGAGCCAGGCAUCUGAAGUAAGGGAAGCUCUGAGUAGCAGGAUCAGCAAGAUACUUGGGAAUUCAUCUGAAAUGGGUGUCCUGAAAGAUGGGCAAGUGGUAACUAAGCUGUUGCAUAAAGCUAGAAUGAGAAUAUCAGUGCACCUCCAGAUUUGCUUGGCAACGCCGGAUCACACUACAUUUACCAAUACAUCAAUUUCGGAAUAUGAAAUUGAUCAGGCCACACUAACUAUUGCCCAUGCAAUGGUCAAUCCCAUCAAUGUUGAUUGGGAUGUGGAUCGAUAUGCUGACAGGGUCAAGUUGUCACCACCGAAUCGGGAUGGGUCAGCAACCUCCGAGCUGGAAAGGCUAAAGAAGUACUUCUCUGAGGCAGUGCUCAGCAAAAUUUCAACUCCAGCCACCAUUGUAGACAGGCAUGGCAGAAUUUUGAUGGUUUACCUGCCCAAUAUUUUGUCACCUGCUCGCCUGGAGUACGUUAACAAUGCCACCUCAGGCUUACGAAAUUCUCUUCUUGAUACCCUGCUGCCCAUUUCGGAUCAAAAAAAGAGUUGGAGAGAUGAUGGCUUUGUGGUGCCAGAGGGACAAGAGCGAUUGAUAGAUCCUCUCGUAACGUCGGAGUCUUACAACUCAAAGGAGGUCCAAAAAUGGCUAGAAGCUUUAACAACAUCAGAACUUCUAUGGAACUCCAUUACUGCAGCAGUGGCACCAGAACUUUUUGAAUCAGGCACCUCUGCAUUUUCCAAGGUUGUCAAGGAGGGUUGGAAAUCAUUGCCAACCGAACAACCUUCAGCCACAGAGAUCCUGGUGGAUCUCUUCACUUUUUGA